AUGGAUUGGAGCGCACGUUGGUGCAACGUCCAGCUGAAGAACCCCAAUGCAGUGGCCCACGCGCUGAAUCGCACCCGGGCAACCGAGCGUAGCGGAGGACUUCCGGUGCCACUGGACAUCACGGGAAAUUUGUAUCGCGGCGUAGCUGGAUAUAUGAGGAUGGUGAGGCAUAUCAGAAAGCACAUGGACCACAUACGGCGAGUCGACAUAAAGGUUUCCAGGAAAGCACUGCGCCAGUGGGUUGUGGCGAACCCGGUGAACCCUGACUUCCCGGCGCCAAUCCUUGAGGAGCUCCAGCUGAAGAAGGUCGCUGACAACCUGGACGCGGUCCCUGAUGCUAACGAGCAUACCUUGCUUAGUAUCUUCCGGUCACAGAGGCUGAGGGACCUCACGGUGCAUAAAUUCACCUAUCGCGCCGCGCGGGCACUAUUCCUUCCGACGGUCGAGAAGCUUUCAUUGCUAGUGCCCAAAGAGUCCGGGACGUCGACCUUGCAAUUCCAACAGGAUCUGCUUACGAUGCCGAACCUUCGUCGGCUGACUGUCGACUUGUCCUUGUCUCCGUCUGCGAAUAUGGUGGACGUCCAACUGGAUCGCUUAGAAUAUCUCGAUUUAACGAUUAAGAAGGCAAAAGAUGCAAGGUUCCUCCGAACGGUCACUGCGCACAGGCUGCGCGACGCGCGCAUCAUUGUCGAGGCACCGGACAAAGACAUACCGAGUAUCCUACGCUCGCUAUCCGGGGUCUUCAACGUCGUCGCCGUACAAAGACACUUGCGAUGUGCAGUAUUCCGAGCCCGGAAUGCUCAUGGUCUCUACGUCUCAUUAACCGAGGAAGAGAUGUCCACGACAAAGGGGAUCCGCCUCUACUUGAAGAACGCCACGCUGGACGAGCACCUAUUCCGCUUGCUGACCAUGUACAUGGCGCUGUGCCUCGAAAAGGUGCAACGCCUUUACAUCGAACCUGACCUAUGUGUCCCACUCGUUCGAAAUGCCGCAACGGUGAAAAUGAACGCUGAAGGCUUGCUUCUGACGAUAGAAGCCAUGCAGGAGCUGCGGUUGCUUCAGAUAUCGAUGAAACUGACUAGGAUCGACAAUCUGGAAGACGGAUCAGCCGUACCAUGCCCUCGAUUGGAGACCGUCGUAGUGGAGGACGUCGGGGUAGAUGAAGCUCUAUUCCUCUCAUUCCUGAUUGCGCCGAAUCUGCAAGAUGUGGACCUUGACAUUACGGCGCCUGGCGGGGACAUUCAUAAUGUCGUUGAAUCGAUCGCGCCUCUUCUAGACCACGUCGCAAAAAACUGCCAAGGGUACGACGCCAACAUCUGCACACAGAGCGGUCAAUCUCUAGAGCUCACAUUCACUGGACUGGAGACAGAAACGGAUGCCGUCCGUCUUGAAUUCCUCGGUAAAGAUAUACAAAAUCGAGCAUUGACUGCCAUAGCGAGGGAGCUCGGAAGCAGCCUACAGGUUGUCCGGGAGUUCACAGUAGCUAAUGGGGAAGGUUACGAGCGCAAUUCGAGGGCGACAUGGUACGGUCUCUUUGAACAAAUGGACGCCGUUCGUACCUUGUGCAUCGAAGGCGACGCCAGCAAAGUGUUCGACUCUGGGCUUGCUUUUCGCCCGGGAGGCCAGCAAGACUAUCACCCAGUCUUUCCGCAGAUGUAUUCGCUAAUCCUCGAGAACGUCUGGUUCCGGCCGCGGAAGAAGAAGAAUGGCCCGAGACCUAAGAAGACAUUCAUAAACGAUCUGAUAAGAUCGUUUCAGCAUCGCCAGCAGGCAACAAAACUCAAACAUCUUACAAUUGUCAAAGGAACAAAUAUCCGUUUGGCAGAUAUUAACAAACUGCAGACCUUCACGAGAUAUCUCAGUUCUGACAGAGCGGUCCGGAAGUAA